GUCGAGGCUGAGGAGAUCGAGAUAUUGCCAGAAGCAAUCUUAUUGCCGCGGAUAAGUUGAACAAUCGAGGUCGAUCUAAUCGCGAUGCCGGUUUGCAGCGAAUUCUGAUCUCAAAUCUGUGGACCUUUUCGUGUUGAAAUUAAUGAAAAGUGAUCGGAUAAUUUGGUGUCGAAUUAUUUAAUAUGAGAUGAGUGAGGGAAGAAUUAUGUUGCCACAAAUCGGAUAAGACUGGCAAUGUCGAAAGUUUUUCCUGUCGUAGAAACUUGUGUGCGCCUCGUGCUAUGGAAAGCGAAAUUACGAAUUCCCGAAUAGGUGUAUCUUGCGAAGGUGCUCCACGACGGCGAAGGCACGUUCUCGUAUCGCGGUCGAGGCACAUGAAGAGCUUCAAUUGCGAUUUCGCGAGCGAGGACAGAGCGGUAUCGAUGGCGAACGGCGGCCACGGGAUCCCCGUUAAUGGGGUGAGUCCUCCUGGUUCGGGCACCUUGUCUAGAGAGGAGAGGCGCAGGCGAAGAAGAGCCACCCAGAAAUAUCGAACCGCGCACGCCACACGGGAAAGAGUCAGGGUGGAGGCCUUCAACCUGGCAUUCGCGGAACUGCGAAAAUUGCUGCCGACGUUACCACCGGACAAGAAGCUCUCCAAAAUCGAGAUACUUCGACUGGCGAUCUGCUACAUCGCUUACCUCAAUCAUGUCCUCCAAGCUUGAACUUGGACGCGUCCCGAUCGACGGAAGUGAAGAACAGAUUUGAUGUCAGAAGAUCGCAGAUGAUUCCAUUAGCUUAUUCCGAUGUUGUCGAUGAACUGAUCAAAUAUUUAUUUGAAAUUCAAAAAGAAAGAAUAUUUGCUUAAUUAUAUUAUAUUAGAAAAGUAGAGAGAUUUUAGCGCAAUUGAAAACAUAAAAUAGUGAAGAAGAAAUUGCAGACAAGUUGAAUACAUAGUUUUCAUUUUGUGACAAGAACAAGAAGAGAACAAUAAAACAUAAAGAUUAAUUAGAGAAUAUUGUGAAUUAAAUCAACACUGUAAUAUAUAACUAUACACUUAGAAAAAGCUCAACAAAUGCAUGCUUGCACUUAUAAUUGCACUCGCGCAAACUUUGGUCUAUACGCAAAAUCAUCUUCCGAUAGGUUUUAAAAUAAUUUCAAUUGAUUAGCACCAGUGUUUAAUUAUAUCCAAAGGGAUUUGUCAUCGUUCAAUAAAUUCGUUGACCAUUCAA